GCUAUGCCAGGACCCAGGCCUGUGGUGCUGAGUGGACCCUCAGGGGCCGGAAAGAGCACACUGAUGAAGAAGCUGUUGCAGGACUAUGAAGGUGUCUUUGGAUUCAGCGUGUCACACACAACAAGAAACCCUCGGCCAGGGGAGGAAGAUGGCAAAGACUACCACUUCACAAACAGGGAAGCCAUGCAGAAGGGCAUAGAAAACGGUGAUUUUAUCGAGAGUGCAGGGUUUUCCGGCAACUUGUAUGGAACGAGCAAAUCUGCCAUAGAGGAUGUGCAAGCAAAGAACCUCAUCUGCAUCCUGGAUGUGGACAUCCAGGGGGUGAUGAAGAUUAAGGAGACGGACCUGAACCCGAUCUACAUCUCAAUCCAACCUCCCUCCAUGGAGAUCCUGGAAAAACGUCUGAGAGACCGGCAGACAGAGACGGAGGAAAGUUUACAGAAACGCCUGGAGGCUGCACAAACCGACCUAGAGCUCAGCAAAGAGCCAGGAGUGUUCGAUGUCAUCAUCAUCAAUGACGACUUAGACAAGGCCUACGAAGAACUGAAAGCUAUCCUUUCUGAUGAAAUUAAAAAAGUUCAGGAGGCCAAGUCAUAG